CAUGUUAUUUAGGAGGAUAUCGAUGGAUUAUCCUCCAAGCCAAGACACGCUUAAUGCCACGGAGAAGGAAAUUAAAUCACCCUAUGUACAUCUUGUUCGACAAUUAAGAACAGUAUUUCAAAAAUAUCCCAAUAGACAUAUUGCUACUCAAACAAAACCUUUAAAUUCCGAUACAUCAAUUAGUUAUGACGUUUCUGUUGAAGCUUGCUCUGAUAUAAGUUCUUGUAGUAAAUCAGGAAAUGAAUCUUCAUUGGACAGUAAUUGGUUAGAUGUCGAUGGAGGUCAACUGUGUAUCCACAGGAUAUCAAGCAGUGAUGAGGAAGAUGUGGUAAAAUCAGGUAUUAGCGAUAAAAUUGGUAAAGAAUACAGCGGAAAUACGAAUGAAAAGGGACAUUCUAAGUUAGAAAGUAAAGAUGAUAUAAAGGAAAUACCAAAAAGGGUCGAUUAUAGAAAAUUUGAUGAAAAAUUUAAAUCAAAGGAAAGGAAAAGGAAUAUUAAAGGAAAGUCUUUAAUUACUAUCGAUCAGGAUGCUUUGAAAUUUGUUAUAAAAAAGAAUCCCGAUGACGACGAAGAUAGCGACUAUGACGAAAAUGAAAAUAAAAAUUUGAGAGAGUUUUCAAUGAAUUACGUAUUAGAAUCAGUUAUAUCUCAAUUCCAAUCAAGCAUAAAGAAUCAUGAUUCAUCUUUUGAGAAAUCAAAGAAAAAAUGUUUAGUAAUUAAACUUAAAUUGGAAGAUGGAUAUAGUAAUGUAUCAGCAUUGUCUACUUCCAGGAAGAAGCUGAAUGAUUGGUCAGCAUAUUAUGGAAAUAUAAUUUUAUCUGUCAUAGUGUUUUUUAUUGUUGGUUUAUAUAUCCUUAAAAAAGUAUACAUUGAAAAUAAUAGCAAUAAUAGCGAAGAUAGAAACGAUCAAACUCCAACUAAGCUAUUAGAAGAUAUUCUCUCACUCUUCUAUAACGCCUCUAAAAAUGAUAUUCGUACGGGGUUGGAAAAUUUUUUCCAGAUGACAUCAAAUAAGAAUCGUAGCUAUAAUAACAAUCAUCCACCAGUAUUGAAUGGGUCAGGCGAUGAUAAUUUAAAUGAUGUUGAAACGAAAGUAGUUACAAUAAUAUCUCAAGAAAUCUAUUCAAUAUUCUAUAGAAAUAUUCAGAGGAAAUUAAAAGAAUUUCAAAAUGCCUUUAAAAACGGCUUGAAGAAUCCGAUUAAAUUCUUUCAAGUUUUUAUAGUAACAUUAACGUAUUUACUUGUUGAAAUGGUAAAAUUUGGCUUAGAUGUUAUUAGUAAAACACUCCAGCUGACAGCUGUCAUUACUUUAGCUCUUAUCUACCUAAUUGUUAACUUAAGUAAUUGGAUUAUUUAUAAUAUUAAUGAAAAUGUUUCAAAUUUGUCUAUUUUUAUAAUUAAUCUAUUAUCAUUCCCUAUUCGAUUGUUUAGGAGAGGAUUUAGCAUUUUUUAUCGUAAGAUAAGAUAUUUUAUAUAUAGUAAAGAAUCGGAUGAUUGGACGGAACAAGAGGAUAUUGAACUAAUGGAAUUGAGAAGAGCAAACUCAUUUAAUUUACUCAAUCAGAAUAAUAAUGCUGAUCUUUCUUUAACAACUGAUAAUUCUUCAUUUUGUUGUACAUGUUCGUCCCAAAGUUCUUUUACAUCCCUUAAUGAAUUGACUGAGGUUGAUGAUAGAAACAGUAUUAAAGAAUUAGAAGAAGAUGAAGAGAGUGAGUGUAGAACAGCAAUAAACAAUCUAAGUGUUAAUUUAAACUACUUAGACGAGAAAAUAUAUCAGAAUCCAUACGAAAAUUUAGUAAGAAAAGAUUUUAAAUUAUUUCAAUCAAGAAGUAUAAGAAUUAUGAAAGGAUUAACUAAUCCACAUUUAAUAUUAAGAGAUUUAAUAAACUUUUAUAUAAAAUAUGAUAAUUGCAGUAUAAAGAAAAAAUAA